AUAAGACGAGCGAGAAAGGAUGAGCUGAGCUGAGGGACAUAGAAAUGGCUACUGCCGCUUCGCUUUCUCUUCUGCACCAGAGCGCCUUCUUGGGCUCUUCUCCUCACAAGCUCUCCGUCUCCGUCGGCCCGAAACUCGUCGGAGGAGCCCCACUGCGGUGGCCGCAGCAGCAGCAGCAGCCGCCUCUCCUGAUCGUCGAGGCCAAGACCCAGAGCAGAAGAGAGGACCGGACAGCCCGCCACUCUCGUAUCAGAAAGAAGGUUGAAGGGACUCCAGAGAGGCCUAGAUUAUGCGUCUUCCGCUCCAACAAGCACCUUCAUGUCCAGGUGAUUGAUGACACCAAGAUGCACACACUUGCUUCCGCUUCCACCAUGCAGAAGUCCAUCUCUGAGCAAUUCGACUACAGCUCAGGCCCCACCAUUGAAGUGGCACAGAAAGUGGGUGAAGCCAUUGCCAAGACAUGUUUGGAGAAAGGGAUCACAAAGGUGGCCUUUGACCGAGGUGGUUAUCCAUACCAUGGGCGGGUAAAGGCCCUAGCUGAGGCAGCUCGGGCCCAUGGCCUUGGCUUCUAAGGCACCUCGUUCUUCAUUUUUCGCUCUUGUGAGAAUUAUUGAUCAUUUAGGAAAGGAGAUUCCCUCUGUUCCAGCAACUCGAGAAGUGUUUGAUAAUGGAAGGCUUUUUGGUUCUUUAUUAUGCGACUUAUUCUUGUCCAGUUUAUUCCACUAAAUCAACAUAUGAGACUUUGACCGA